AUGUCUUGUAAGGAGGAGCUCGCGAUUUUAAGCACUGCUUUGAUUGUUGCUUCUGCGGAUACUAGCCGGAUGACGACGUGGUCUUUCGUGGAGGCCAUGAUGCAGUUCCCCGAAGCUCAGGCCCGAGCACAAGCCGAGAUUGACAAGGUCGUUGGCGGUAGGCCGCCGACAUACGAAGACUACGCGCGGAUUCCAUACGUCCGCAUGCUCCUCAAAGAAGUAUGGCGGUGGAGACCGCCGGUGGCGCUGGGUCAUCCUCACAUUACCUCGCGGGAGGUGGAGGUUGGGGGAUAUAGGCUCCCCAAGGGGGCGCGAAUCCAUCUGAAUGCAUAUGCUAUCAGUCGAGAUCCCGCGAGACACGAGGAUCCUGAUCGGUUCUGGCCGGAGAGGUUUCAGGAUGACGAGACUACUACGAUGGAAAGCAUCAACGCGCAGGACCCGACAAAGAGAGACCACUUUGCCUUCGGCGCCGGCCGUCGCGUUUGUCCCGGAUACACCGUCGCAGAACGCUCCGCCGUCGUAACCAUGAUGCGUAUCCUCUGGGCAUUCAAAAUCUUGCCUACUGAGGGAGCUAAGACGCCGUUAGAAUUUGCUGAUUACGCUGAUUCAUUGCCUGGAAACCCGGGGAUGAAAAUGCCGGUGAGGUUUCGGUGUAGGAGCGAGGAGAGGAAGCUUGUGAUUCUGAAGGCCUUUGAGGAGAUGGAGAACGGAAGGGGCAAGAAGGUGGCAUUAAAUCUGGGCGACACGUCGGUCCCUGAUGUUUCUGCUUUUCUUUGA